CGCGGCCUCCGACAGGUGGAACGGCAGGUGGGUUCAGGUGCCAGCCUGGCUGGGACCUGGCAGUAGGACUAACGCUUCCGGUGGGCCACAGAGGCAGCUCCCAAGGGCCUGGAGACCCGUGGGGCCGGCUCUGGAAUCUGAGCCCUCCGCCCUGGCCUGGAGUCCCCCCCUAUACGUAUUCCCCAUUCCCCUGCUGAGCUGGGCAGUUAGCCAGCCCACUGAAACUCUCGGAACCAUGUUUGCAGACUUGGAUUAUGACAUCGAGGAGGAUAAACUCGGAAUCCCUACUGUGCCUGGGAAGGUGACCUUGCAGAAGGAUGCUCAGAACCUGAUCGGGAUCAGCAUUGGAGGAGGAGCCCAGUACUGUCCCUGCCUGUAUAUUGUCCAGGUGUUUGACAACACCCCAGCCGCGCUGGACGGCACCGUGGCAGCUGGUGAUGAGAUCACUGGGGUUAACGGCAGGUCAAUCAAAGGCAAAACUAAGGUGGAGGUGGCCAAGAUGAUUCAGGAGGUGAAGGGCGAGGUGACUAUCCACUACAACAAGCUGCAGGCGGACCCCAAGCAGGGCAUGUCCCUGGACAUUGUGUUGAAGAAGGUAAAGCAUCGGCUGGUCGAGAACAUGAGUUCGGGGACCGCAGAUGCUCUGGGCCUGAGCCGGGCCAUCCUGUGCAAUGAUGGGCUCGUCAAGAGGCUCGAGGAGCUGGAGCGGACCGCCGAGCUGUAUAAAGGGAUGACAGAACACACCAAGAACCUCCUACGGGCCUUUUAUGAGCUUUCGCAGACACACCGGGCCUUUGGGGACGUGUUCUCCGUGAUUGGGGUGCGGGAGCCCCAGCCAGCUGCUAGUGAGGCUUUUGUGAAGUUCGCUGACGCCCACCGCAGCAUUGAGAAGUUUGGCAUCCGGCUGCUGAAGACCAUCAAGCCGAUGCUGACGGACCUGAACACGUACCUCAACAAAGCCAUCCCAGACACUCGCCUCACCAUCAAGAAGUACCUGGAUGUGAAGUUUGAGUACUUGUCGUACUGCCUGAAGGUGAAGGAGAUGGACGAUGAGGAGUACAGCUGCAUCGCUCUAGGGGAGCCCCUGUACCGCGUAAGCACAGGCAACUACGAGUACCGCCUGAUCCUGCGCUGCCGCCAGGAGGCCCGCGCCCGCUUCUCCCAGAUGCGCAAGGACGUGCUGGAGAAAAUGGAGCUGCUGGACCAGAAGCAUGUCCAGGACAUCGUGUUCCAGCUGCAGCGCUUCGUGUCCACCAUGUCCAAGUACUACAAUGACUGCUACUCGGUGCUGCGUGACGCUGACGUCUUCCCCAUCGAGGUGGACCUGGCCCACACCACGCUGGCCUACGGCCUCGGCCAGGAUGAGUUCACCGAUGGCGAGGACGAAGAGGACGAAGACGAGGAGGACGCGGCAGCCGGGGAGCCGUCCAGGGAUGCGCAAGGGGCUGCCGGGCCCCUGGACAAAGGCGGAAGCUGGUGUGACUCCUGAGCGCCCCCUCGGGGUGCAGGCCUGGGGGGUAGGGUGAGUGGGAGGACGGCCGCGUGGGAGUGGGGGCAGGGCCGCCGUGCAAUAGGGCGGCGCAUAAAGGCCUGCUGGCUCGGGGCGCCUGCCUCCCUGCUCCUCUGUCCCAGCACAGCGAAGCCGGGCGCCCACUAGGAAGGGCACCGGGGCCGUGGCCGGGAGCUGGCCCCUGGCCCCUGGCCCCCUCCACCUUCCUUCCCCACCUCCCCAGCCAGCCGGAGAGCUUGGUCCCUGGACCUGCCUUAGGACGGAGCAAAAGGGCGGAAAGGAAGAGGGGUUAGAGGUGGCAGGACAUCCAGGACCUGUUCCUUGUGGGCACCUCCACCGGUCCCCCGGAGCCUGCCGGGAGUCGGGGGCCGUGGGUGGACAGCCGAGCGUGGGGCCAGUGUUCCAUGUGUACCCUCCCCUGGCCCGAGGCUAGCCCCGCCCCAGUGUGCACUCACCUCGGCGGCCUUUAUUUAUUUUACUCCCUCGCUCAGCCACUUCUCUAGGGAAGGGCUGGGCGCUGGGCCUGUACUGAAUAAACACAAACCCAGAUGGA